AGCGAACCUAAACCACUUUCGCCUCCUUCGCGUCGUUGGCCGAGGUGCCUUUGGCAAGGUCCGAAUUGUCGAAAGGAAGGAUACCGGCUUGUCAUUCGCAUUGAAGUACAUCCGUAAAGAUGAAGGUGUGUUGACGUGGUCUCCUGCCUCCCAGUCACAGAUGUCGGGGCCGUGACUGACAUGACCGAAUCCAGUUGUGCGAUCCGAGAGCGUCCGGAACAUCAUACGAGAGAGACGAAUGCUCGAGCACGUCAACCACCCCUUCAUCUGCAACCUGCGGUACAGCUUCCAGGAUAUCGAAUACAUGUAUCUCGUGGUUGAUCUCAUGAACGGUGGUGAUUUACGAUUCCACAUAUCAAGAAAAACCUUUACCGAGGAUGCAGUGCGGUUCUGGAUUGCGGAGCUGGGCUGUGCUCUUAGAUAUAUCCACGGGCAGGGCAUCAUACACCGUGAUGUGAAACCAGACAAUGUGCUCCUUGAUGCCGACGGCCAUGUGCAUUUAACGGAUUUCAAUGUUGCUUCAGAUAUAAUACCGGGCAAGCUUUUGUCAAGCAAAUCCGGCACGCUGGCAUAUCUUGCACCAGAAGUAUAUGCGGGACAUGGGUACGACGUUCGUGCCGAUUGGUGGUCAUUGGGUGUUCUCUUCUUCGAGUGCAUUUACAACAAGAGACCAUUUGAGGGCAAUUCGGAAUCGUCUUUGAGUGCCGUCAUUCAAGCCGCGAAACCCAAAUUCCCAGUGACGAACCCUCCGGUCUCGUUGUUGUGCCUUUAUGCGAUCAAGGACGCCUUAGAGCUGAACCCCGACAAGCGGCUCGGCUCAACGUGGGAGAGCUUUACCCAACACGACUUCUUUUCGUGCAUAGAUUUUGAAGCCCUGUUGAGAAAAGAGAUCGAGCCGGUCUUCAUCCCCUCUUCUGAAAAGACGAAUUUCGAUGCCACGUACGAUCUAGAAGAACUACUCCUGGAAGAGGCCCCCCUCGAGGCCCGUGCCCGGCGACAGAAGCCUCGUGAGAGAUUAAAGGACGAUGCCACGGACAAGGAAAUACGCGAGGAUGAGCUGUACCGGAUGAUUGAGACGGACUUCCGGCCGUUUGAUUACACGGUGGCGGCGUACAAAAAAAUUACGGCGAAGAAGGCGGAAUCGCAGUCAAAGGGCCAGCCAAACGCAGCCCAAAGCAACGGGGAGAACAGGCCUCAGGCGCUGACGACGGAUGAAGCGGCGCCAGUUUCCUCAGCCCCAAACGCCAACGGAGCAGCAACUCAGACCGCGCACGAAACUAGAGACGGCACCGGGAGCGGAAGCGGUAGUCCCACAAGUGUAAAUAGGCUACAACGGCCGCCGAGCAAUCACCAAAAGCGCCCCGCUCCCGGGCGGCCACCGCCGCUUCCACCAUACCCACAGCCAUACACCAGCAGUUCAGGCGGAGGUCGGGUCGGGCGCAGUGGCGCACCAGGUAUGAUGGUCGAGAGCCCAACGGGCGGUAUGCAGGUCACUCUGGAUGGCGCUGGCAGCUGGAGUGAUUUGGCCCGACAAGACGCGACCCUUCCGGCGGAUGCGAGCGGCGCCAACAAUGACAUCAACGGGAAGCCGGAGGGUUCAGGCGGUGUUUUUGGAUUCCUCAGCAGGAGGAAGGGCCGCGGCAGCAGCCCGAAGCCCAAGGAGAGGGGCGUCCUUGGGAAAGAGGGAGCAAGAAUAAUUAUUGGCUGAUGGGCUUUGGGAGGGGUAAUGGUCUAAGAGGUACGCAUUCUAGGCUAAGAAAGAGGCAGAGAACGACGACUGCUUCCGCAUGCCCUGGACAACCGAGGUGCGAUCUUGUUCGCAUGUGUCGGCCCAAGUUUCAGUCUCGAUGUUAACGGAUGGUUAUGCUCGAGCAUUCCGUCAUGGGGUUUUUGGGUGGGCGAACGUGGAACGAACAAACUGCGACUUGGCCAUGCGAGUCUUAAUUAUCACAUUCGGUUCGGCUCGGCUCGGCUCAAUCAUGGCUAGAGGCGCCUUGUAUAUGGAUGAUAAAUAAAUUAUUGGAAACUUGGUACUGCGGUCCAACAUAUUUGUACUUGUAAUAUUUCCUUCUCGUCUACUAUUUUAGUCUUUCUUCGCAUUUGCUCUCGAUACCCUGAGAAUAUGAGGACACAGUUAGUUACAUGAAAAC